AUGUCAGCCGUUCUCGGUGACAAGGACGUCAACGCCGCCAUGGACCAGCAGAACGCCGCCAAGGACGUUAAGAGCAUGGAGUACCACCGCCAGGUAUUCCAGUCCAAGAUGGCUGCUGAGACGUACGUUCUUCUUUCUUCGCCCGCCUCAGCCCGUGGACGACUCGGUCCCCGCGCUGCCGCCGCCAGCAGGCUUGCUGAUGCUGCCUUUAGGACCAAGCAAUAUGUUUCUCCGUCGGAUAAUAUCAUGAGCCCUUGUACGGCCAAGAUUAACGCUCUGCGAAAUAAGCAUGCCAGCAAGGCCAAGCCCAAGUCUCUCUUUGCCCAGGCGAGUGCUAAGAAACUCAAUGGCGAGAAUGCGCUCGGCGCCCGGUCUAUCCAGCAGUGA